CAAUAACCGAACUAGUGGACACAGUGUCCCGAAAAGAACUGAAACCCCGGAGAGAUAUACACAGAGACGAAUAAAGCAAGCUACGAAAAGCCAGCUAUCUCAUGUCCGUGAAAUCUGAAUUAUAUGUCAGGAGUAGAGGCAUAUUUAAUAUGUAGCGUUACUUGAGGGAUAGUAUCAAUGUGGGAUAUGAGCUGUUAUACUAGUGUUACAAAAACUACCUUAUGGGACUUGAGACUGCUUAUGAAUUAAGAAAAUACAAGGAUGACGGAAAAAUAUUCUACAUCAGUCACUGAAAAUCCGCUGAUUUCAGCUAACGAUCUGAAGGAUGUGCUCUUGAAGAAGUUCGCAAUAUUCACAGGGGGUCACGACAAAGAGUUUCGUUCUCUCAUAAUUUUUCAAGAUCUUGGUUUGGAUAACCUGUGUGACGAUUCAUAUGAUCUUCUUAUGCAGUACUUUUCUUCAUUAUCAUCAAUGCUUACUUGUGUUCAAGAGUUUACUGUCAUAAUCGACAGACGCACUGGAAAUUGGACGGUUGUUAAGUCGGUUAUCACCAAACUGAAUGUUAGUAAAUAUUUGGAUUUUCUUAACUGAUAUAUUUAGGAGAAGUUUCCCGGGA